AUGGAUGAAAACGUCGAACGUUCUCAACACGAUGUUAGAGAAAAUAAAAAUUUGUCAAGCAUCUUCCCUUCGCAAGCAUCUGCACGAUGUCAGCCCAAUAGGGAAAGUAAAGUGACCCGUGCAACGUCUAAAGAGCAAAAUUAUUUGAAUGAAAGGAACAUUUUCGAUAUAUUCCAUUUCCUCCUUUCGCACGUGAUCGUCCAUCAACCAUCGAACCCUAUCCAAUAUCUGCAUAAAUUGCUCGAUGACUUGAUAUUGUUUAGGUCGGGACUUAAAGAGCCACGAUUACUUUGGGCGGAAAGGCAUUUUAAUGCAAUGUUCGAGAAUAUCUUCUUCCACGAUUCGGAAUUUUUACCAUUGGACGGUUAUAAAGCUGCUAUGAGAACGAUGGGUAUACGUUCAUACGAUCCUUGUCCCGUUCAAUUCGUCGAGGGAUACGUAGAUCGGCAAACUUUUUGCACGGAAGCAGAUAACUUCCCGUUGCGUUAUCUGCUAAACCAAGCUAACACAGAUACAAAAGUGAAGACGAAUGAAACGGAGAAUGUUCGUCUUUUUCAGAUUGAACUGCAUGAAAAAGGAACUGUUGCACAUCACGAAUGA